GCAUCACACCAGGUGCCCACUUUUCUCUUUCCCAGCGCCUCGCUUUCUUCCCGCUUGACCUUGCACUGUGACAAACCACGUUGACCAUGGACAAGUACAACGAGAGGCCGUAUUACCCCUAUUCGUGGCACCAGUCUCAUGAUCAGGCGACACUGCUGCUCAUGGUCCCUCACGACACCCAGGACGAAGACCUCUCGGUCUUGAUAGACCGAGAUUACCUGGUCGUUGGAGUCAAGGGCCACCCGCCUACGAUCAAGGGAAAGCUCUACAGCGCUGUCGAUACAGCUAGCUCGGUGUGGCAGCUCGAGCCUCACUCCUCCAGGCUGUCAGCAAGAGACAGGACCAUCUCGACGACUUCAACAACUUCGACCCAGUCCUCGUAUGCAUUUGUCUCGGACCCUGAUAUCUCCAGUAGCUUUGCGGCUUCCUUGGAGGUCUCUGAUGCUGAAGAUGGCUACUUCUCGAGUGCGCCGUCACCCACGGUUCUCCAAGGUGAACUUGAGCGAACGACGGCCGGUGGUAUUCCCCCCAGGCGAAGGUUACCCUCCAACAUUGCCUCACGCUCGACUUCUCCUGGACGGGCCAUAUUCCAGAACAUGCAGAUAGCCUCGUCCUUCUCCUCGCUCGAAUCCCUGCAUUCCCCGCAAUCUGGACGACUCUUGACGAUCCACUUGGAGAAGGAGAAGUCCAUCAUCUGGCCGUCGUUGAUUACUGGUCCAGUCCCCGAAACCAUGUCCCCGACGUUGACGAAUUCGGUGGUCUUCAACUCGAGCGAGGAAUUGGAACACCAGUACAAUAUGGACCCGACCAGCCUGGCCCUGAUCGGACUCGAGUACGCCGAUAUUAGGAAGAAUAAAGAAGAGGCUUUCGAGUACUUCUUACGAGCAUGGCACCAGGCCCAUGUGCCCUCAGCAACUAUGCGCUUGGUCUCUCUGUAUCUCCCACUCAACGCAACCGAGACCGUUGAAGAAUUGGAACCCGAGGAACAGCCAAAGCGGGGCUCAUUCCCCUACUACUUCCAAUGCAUCGGCGGGCUCAAAGGUGUCGCCCAACUUUACCUUGAAGCCGGCCUCCUGCACCUCGAAGGCGCCGCCUCUACCCUCCUCGCCGCCUCCUACUCCAGCCUCUCCUCCCUCCGAGUGCCCAUCCAAACCCAAACCGGCACCGAUGGCGGAACAGAGGCUUGGAAGCGCGACCGCGAAGCCGCUGCCAAGUACUUUGAGCGUGCGCGUGCUCUCCAACCUGACAUGGACGUUCCGACUAUCCCUGAAGACAACGUCAGCGCAAUCAAUAAACAAGAACUCGACGUUCAGAUGCCCUCCAUCGAUCUCUCAGACUCUGUCACGCCCGAAAGCAUUGGCACAUCGGACCCUGCGAGUGAUCACGAGUACCCGACGAUACGUCGAAGACAAAAGAAAACGGAGAUGGCUGUUGUGGAGAGGACGGAGAAGUUGGCCGACGAUAUCGAUAGCACUUGGUAUUUGUACAUUCCGGGGUUGGUUGGCGCUGGUACUGCGCUGUUGGUUCUGGGUGUGUGGAGGGCCUGUGCAGAUGGUGGUGCGAACCGCCUGUAUGACAUCCUCCCAGAUGAUAAAACCCGGCUCCAAUAUCUACCCAACCUCAUUAAGGGAGACUUGGAUUCCAUUAGGCCAGAUGUUCGCGAAUUCUACGAGAAACACAAUGUGUCUGUGGUUGAGGACGGCAGUCAGUACGCUACGGACUUGAUGAAGUGUGUCGACGCAAUCUCGGAGGAAGAAGAGAAAGGACGGCAACCUCAGAACGAGGACAUCGUCCUGCUCGGUGGUCUCUCUGGGCGCCUAGAUCAGACAGUUCACACCCUAUCCUAUCUCCACAAACUUCGUAAAGUUCGUCGAGUAUAUGCAGCAACCGAUGACAACGUCGGAUGGGUAUUGGAUACAGGAGAACAUGACAUUGAAGUCGACCAUAACAUUCUUGGUCAGACCUGCAGCCUUCUACCAGUCGGUAUCGACAGCACCAUACUCACGACGAAAGGGCUGCGAUGGAAUCUUGACAACGAGCCAUCGUCAUUCGACGGAUUGGUCUCAACCUCAAAUCAUUUGGUCCCAGGAGAGAACGUUUGGAUUAGAACCACCAAGCCCAUCUGGUGGACGAUGGAAUUGAAGAACAUCUAG